GGUCGGUUGAACGUGCGAAAGUAGAUCGGAUCGAUCGAAAGGCCGUGGACAUUCAAUAGUGUAUUUAAGUGAACUUGAAAAAAUAUUGAUUUGGUGUUGUAGAAAUCGUCUUUGUCUAUGAAUCGAAGAUAAUGAGUUUGAGAGUACUCGAGAUUUCUGGAGAAGAGUUUGAAAGUGAAUUUGUUUUGAAUGCCUUGUAGAAAUCAAACGAAAAUUACCAAUAAUUAUUGUUUAAAAACUUGCAUUUUCAUUGUGAGAAACUGUUUGCUUUGCAAUCAUAUUUGCAAAUAAAUACGGGCUCAUCGAUAGUUUUGUGGAUACAAUAUUUAUGGAACACUGAAUCAAAAAGUUGCGUAAACAAUACGAACGCUAUUCAAUCAAUCUCGAGUAACGUGUUUAACUGAGAAACUAGUGACUAACCGACGGGGGAAUCUUAAACUGAGAACUACAGUGCCUGUGAUUUGUGACCAAUAUGAAGGUCGAAGAGUUGAACUUCAAAAAGAUUGCCAUCAUAUGUGCCAUCACACUGGUGGGAGGUUUGACGUUCAGUUACGGAAUUUUUCCAUCCAUAUUGAAGUUCAUGCUGAAACAGAAUGUUCUUCUCAAGCCGGGUACCCAAAUGCGUGGAAUGUACGAACAUAUUCCGUUCCCACUGAACUUCAAAAUUCACCUUUUCAACGUCACCAACCCGGAUGAGAUCAUGCGAGGUGGCAAACCUCGCGUCAAAGAUGUUGGUCCGUUCUUUUUCGAGGAGUGGAAGGAUCGGUUCGACUUGGAAGAUGAUCCGACGGAGGACACCCUGACGUACACGCUGAGGAACACAUUCAUCUUUCGGCCGGACCUGUCGGCACCGUACACCGGAGAGGAGAUCCUCGUGCUACCGGAUAUCCUGCUGCUGAGUGCUCUGCUGAUGGUUCAACGGGAUCGCGAAGCCAUGAUGCCACUGGUUUCGAAAGCGACCAAUAUUGUGUUUGACCCGAUGACCGGUUUCCGCCCGUACCGAGUUAUGGACUUUUUGUUCGACGGAAUCCCGGUCAAUUGUGCCAGUCAGGACUUUGCCGCCAAAGCGCUCUGUUCGGGAAUGGAGUCCGAAGGAGCCCUGAAGGAGCAUAACGAAACGCAUUACUUGUUUUCGAUGUUUGGAAUGCGAAACGGCACAGACGCCGGUCGAUGGGUUGUCUAUCGGGGUGUGAAAAACAUUCGGGACUUGGGUCGUGUCGUCAGUUACAACGACGAGACCGAGAUGGACGUCUACGAUGGUGAUUCUUGCAAUCAGUACAUUGGAACGGAUUCAACCAUCUUUCCACCAUUUUUGACGAAGGACGACAAACUGUGGGCUUGGUCUCCGGACAUCUGUCGGUCGCUGGGAGCCAACUACGUCGGUAAGGCCAAGUACGCCGGGUUGCCGAUGAGUUUGUUCAAGCUUGACUUUGGUGAUUUGAAGAACGAACCGGAAAACCAUUGUUUCUGUCGGGAUCCUCCCGACGAUUGUCCACCGAAGGGAACUAUGGAUUUGAGCCCUUGUCUGGGUGGUCCUCUGAUCGGAUCGAAGCCGCAUUUCAUCGAUGCAGAUCCUCAACUGCUUCGCGAUGUAGAUGGGCUGGAGCCGGACGAAGAGAAACAUAAUGUUCGGAUUUAUUUUGAACUGCGUUCCGGAACUCCGGUAUCGGGUGUUAAGCGAUUGCAGUUCAGUCUUGAACUGGAACCGAUCAAAAAUCAUGAGGUCUUUGGGCAGCUGCCUAAGGUGAUAUUGCCUCUCAUGUGGGUAGAAGAAGGCAUUUCGCUGAAUAAAACCUGGACAAACCAAUUGAAAUACCAACUGUUUCUGGGUCUUAAGUUCAACGCAACGGUGAAGUGGCUAACCAUCAUUAUCGGAACGAUCGGUUCUAUCGGGGCCGGCUAUAUGCACUUUAAGGGAACCUCCAAAACGAUGCAAGUCACUCCGGUAGAAAGUAAGAGUGAUUCGGCAACCGGUGAACGGAACCCAAGUGCCAACCCCAACAAUAAGGACAUGGUGAGCAUAAACAACAGUCGAAACCUGCCAGCGGUGAUAGAUUGGCCGGAAAAACCACCGAAGGUUGUUGCUGCCGAGCUGCAAACGGAAAAAUACUGAACCAAACAAUGUUUAGAAAUAGUGAAAAGUGAUUAGUUAAACACUAAUUUAAGCACGAAGCACGGUGAAAUCCUACCCCUAGGUACUUUUCGAAAGUCUCACAACAGUUAAGAUAAGGAAGCUAGGGAUGAGACAAACAUUAAAAAAAUGUACAUUCGAAUAGUUUAUUUAGUGUCAUAUUGUAGUUAUAUCGCACCAACACUUUAUUGGGACGUGAUACAACAAUUCUGUAGUUUGCACAUUCAGUGUAAAGCAAAAACCUAUGAAUAAUUAGGAAUCAUCAUGAUCAUGAACACGACUCAGGAAGCUGACUGAGUACUGAGGAACCUUGUGAUUAGAACGCAGUGAAAUUUCUGAGCGUUCAAACACUAGUUUAAACUGCGAUAGUAGAUUUUAUUGUGCCUAACUCUAAAUGAAAAAUAAAGUUUCUAUUCUA